CAAUCAUAUUCAGGAAUUUUUAAUUUCUUUUGCUGCUCAUAAGUUUCAAGAUUCUCCAGGAAAACCUAAAAAGAAGAAAAAUGAAUUUUGCAAUUUGCGCUGCAUGCGAAUUCAUGACCGGCCCUUGUACACUUGGGAAUGGGAAUGCAUGCGUUAUGGCACCAUAUUUCCCAUCGACAGAGCCUGAAAAAUUUGAUCGUGUUAAUAAAGUUUUUGGAGUCGUAAAUGUCUACAAGAUUCUGAGUCGUCUUGAGGAACCUUGGCAACGUCAAUAUGCUGUGAACGCUCUCUGCUACGAGGCAGAGGCUCGCAUACAUGAUCCCAUACAUGGUUAUCUUGGUCCGCAAAUGGUUUACAAUAAUAUUCUUAAUAAUUUAAAGAGGGAAAUAGAUUCAGCAAAAAAUGAACUGUCAAUCACCAUGGCUAAGAAGAAUCAACUUAUGGGACUCCCAGAUGUGGAUGCACGAAGGAACGUGGAUGAAAUCGUUGGGAUGAGAGAAAAUGAUCAAGGUGAUGUUCAUAGAGCUGAUGGUGCAUCAACAUCUUCCGGACCAUCAUCUGGACCUCCAAACCAAAACCAACCAUAGUUUUGGUGAAAUUAAUUAAAGUCUUUCUGUUUUGUAUUUGUCUGCAUCUGAAUU